AUGGCAGGAGAUAGCAAGAAAGAAAAGGAAACUAAAAAAGGUGACAGCAAAGACAAGGCGACAGCCAAGGACAAAAAAGAUGCAGCAGAAAAGAAAACGGAUGAGCAAAAGAGUCGUGAUGGGGACAAGGAAAACAUAGAGCAGCAGGAGAAUCGUGGUGAGGAGGACAAUGAAGAACAGGUAAAUGGUGAUGAAGGCAACGAAGAAGGAAAAAGCGGUGAUGAAAACAAGGAAAAUGUUGAGGGAGCAGAUGGGCAGAGAGAAGGUAGCAAGAAAGAAGAUGAGGCUGAUAGCGGAGUAAUGGUGGAUCUAGAAAAUCAAGAGGUGGUGGAGAACGCCAAAAAGGAAAUUAUACAGGAAUUUAUUGCACCUAUGGAGAAGGAGGAGAGCAACGUUGAGUCAGAAAUCAACCAACAGAUCCCUGACCAGCCCAUUCGCAAAUUUAAGAAGAAGCGCAUGAUGCGCAAAAGAACGUUCUCGAUCGCAAAUCUGGACGAAUACCUGCACUACAAGUACCGUAAAGUGGACCGAAACUUACGGUUGCUGGUGGAGGUGCUCGUCGUAUGCUUCCUGUUCAUGCUAUUUCCCACAAUUUUGAUAAUCUGGCGCAGGCCCCGGGACUACAACAUUUUCAAGACUCUGAAUCAGGAGGGCAAGACGAAUGCAGUCCUAGAGUUCUUCAGACAGAAUCUGUUCCUUUCGCUCACGUACGUCAUCUUCACGGCAUCAACGGUGCUUAUGGACUAUUCGCUGCAGAUGAUUGCAUCGGUGCUCUCCUCGUUUGACGUGAAGGUUGAGGGAUACGUUGCCGAUUUCCUCGAGGUGCUCAAGCUCUACUCGCACUAUCUGCGCAACUUCCUCGCGUUCUCGCUCGUAUUUCUGCUAUCGAACGUGCUCAUCAUGCGCUACCGCUUCGGAAGAAAAUCCUUCACAACCACGUACCUGAGUGUCACGUUCAUCUUCUGGUUUUCGUGCCUCUCUGCCGUUCUGUUCUUCGAGAAGCUGCUCGUGAACAUCCUCACGUCAGAGAUGAAGAAGAGCUCGUUCAGGAACCGCAUUUGGGAUGCAAACUACAAGACGUACGUGUUUAAGAAGCUGGCCGCGAUUGCUGAGGCGGUACCGCGCGGUCAGUACGAGAUGCAGCUCGCCAUGCACAGUGUGCAGAACGACUACGACACGGGGUACUUCCUGCGCCAUAACGAUCUGGACAUCACGACCGAGGACAAGGCUGAGGGCGUUGCCGAGAGCAUCUUCGCUUAUCUCGACAUUGACACGCUCGAUUACGAUCAGAUCACCACGUACUUCCAGAACAGACCCGAAGAGGUGAUUCAGUACCUCGGGAACACAAACAAACCGCCUGAGGAGAUUUCGAUCGACUUCGAAAAGCUCAGGCAGCGUGCGGUUGAGCUGUGCCGCGAGCGCAACGAUAUAAAGCGUUCGCUGUUCGAUCGCGACAGCAUCAUCCGCAAGCUUGAUCUGAUACUGCUCGGCGGUGUGCUGUUCGCAUCUGCGCUCGGUUUUCUGUUCCUGAUCAACGUGGACUACAAGUUCUAUCUCACGAGCGUAGGUCCCUUUCUGUUCGCGUUCAGCUGGAUCUUCCAGGACAGCAUCAAAGACCUGUACAAAUGCUUUGUGUUUCACCUGAUCUCUCAUCCGUACGAUGUGGGUGACCGCGUGAUUAUCGAUGACCAGGAAAACAUCGUGGUGCGCAUCGAUCUGCUGUACACCACCUUUACGAACAAUAACAACCGCCUCGCGUACAUUCCCAACACGUCCCUGUUCGCCAAGAAGAUUGACAAUGUGCGGCGUAGCCGCAACCAGUACGAGCAGCUUACCGUGUUUGUGGACCAAAAUGUGCGGUACAAAACGCUUGAUGAUCUCAAGCACAAGCUUGAAGACCUGUGCAAGGAGAAGGAGACGGUGUUUACCGGCCAUGCGUACAUCAGGGAGGUGAGCAAGGCUGAAGACAAGCUGCAGGUAACUCUUGCGCUUGAGCACAAUUCCAAUUUCCAGGAUAUAAAUGAGAAGUACAAGAGGAGGAAGGAGAGCAUCGACGUUGUUGAACAGGCCUUGAGCGAAACGGGCAUCCGAUACGACGAGUACUACCAGUUUGCGGAGUAGAGAGAUUUAAAUAAAUUUGAUUGUGAUACACGG